AUGGACCAUUUUUUGCGAUCAGCGCUGAGGGUCAAGCCGGGCACUGUUGCCCGGUAUGCCCUCAAUGGCACCGGCCUGUUCUGCGCCAUCACGUUGUUCUGGGAGCACGUCGCGACCGUACAGCUCAGCGAGGGCCCUUCGAUGUACCCGACCUUCAACCCGCGGGGCGACUGGCUCCUGAUCUCGCGACUCCACAGCAACGGCAAAGGAAUUCAAAUCGGCGACGUGGUGCGGUUCAAUCACCCGACAUUCCUCGGUGUACACGGAGCCAAGCGGGUAUUGGGUAUGCCCGGGGAUUUUGUUUGUCGCGACCAGCCGUUCAGUCAGGAAGCUGGGAAACAACCGGAUAUGAUUCAGGUCCCCGAAGGUCACGUAUUCUUAGUCGGCGACAACCUUCCCUGGUCGAGAGAUUCGCGAAAUUACGGUCCGGUGCCUCUGGGACUUAUCAAUGGCAAGAUUGUCGCACGAGUCUGGCCGCCGUCGAAAAUGGAAUGGGUGAAGAACACUUUGCAGCCGGCACAACUGGACUAG